AUGACAAUGGCCGCACCGAUUGAGUCAAUGGCCCAUAACGCUCUUCGAAAAUCAAUCCUGGGUCAAACGAUCAUUAUCCCGAGUAUUUACGAGACCUUUCCAGAUUGGAAACCUCGACUUCAUCCGGAUUAUCAAAAAGCACGCUAUGAAGUCCUCAACCCGUGGAUUCAAAGGUGGGUGAAAGACAGACGUACUGCUGGCGCACUUGAAAAUGCGGACUUUGGAACUUUUGCCGCAGUCUGGUGUCCAGAUGCACCGUUUGAUAUCCUCUGCACGGCAGCUAAGUAUUUUGCUUGGUAUUUUGUGUAUGACGACAUAUUCGACUGUGGGUCUCUAAAGUAUAAUCAAGCCCUUGCUAGCAAGUACAGAGCAGCCAGCCUUCAAUAUUUCAGGUUUUCCCUCCUUGGAGAGGGCAAAAUGCCCGAUCUAACUUGUUUUGAUAUCGAUAUGCGAAACGGUCUACGGUGUUGGGAUGAGAUUGGUGAACAUAUUUGUCAAGCCUGCUCCAGAUCAACUCGUGAAGUUUUGUGUGACGAGAUGUUACGGUACGUCGGCAGCCUCAACAAUGUGGACAGUAUUUUCGCAGUCCACGAAGUCCCCACAGUUGAGCAAUACUGGGACCGCCGGGAGGCUACCGCUGCAGCCUAUUGUGUGAUUGCUACACUUCCGUUUAUCUACGGAGUGGAUAUUGAUAAAACAGAUUUGGAAGACCAAUCUCUGCGGGACCUGUGGAAACAUACCUCUCAUUUCGUUCAUAUAACUAACGAUAUGCUCUCCUUCCGGAAAGAGGUGAACGAUGAUCAAAUUGAAAAUUUGAUUCCUGUUUUGAUGUUAAAUAAUAAAAUCGACUGCAACACCGCAAUGGGUCAAAGCUAUCAGUUGCUUCAUAAUGAAGCUGCAAGCUUUCGUGAGGCCGAAAUGCACCUCGUCCAAAACCCCCAACAAAAGACGGCAGUCGUCUCGCAUAUCUUUAUAGAAGGAUGUCUCAACGUCGCAAUGGGUCUUGCUCACUGGAGUUAUACGGGUGAUCGGUACUUCAAAGCUUGGGAGCGGGAGGAAACCAAUGUGAUAAAAUUGACCCUCGGACCUCCCAAUAUCCAGGAAGGGGCAGUUAAUCAUGCAGAACAUCCGACAAUUUUGAUGGAUGACACGCUUUUGUUACAGUCCUCGCUUAGGCGUGCGUUGCUUAAUGCUGUUCAGUUUAGUCCUUUGAUCAUGUUGACCAUUGCAACUAUCGUACCGCGGCUGGGGGUCUUGCUCCCUUCCCAAGGAGCAUGA